AUGCCCCUUUUGCCAGACUGUCCCAGUAUCUCUGAGCUGCUCAUGGGAGGCAGCUAUGGGGACCAGUGCUGGAGCAUCCAGAGCCCGCCACACAAAGCCAGCUCCUUAGUUGUCUUCAUCCUCAAUCAGAAACCUCCUCCUCUUGUGGAUCCUCAUGGGCUCAGGACAGCCUGUCUCUUUAGUGACCCUGCUUCUGGAGCCUACAAAGAAUUGGUCACUUUUGCCAGAUAUGCACUGGCCAAGUUCUUUGCAUUGACUGAAGUCAGCCACAAGGCCUUUGUGGAACUUCUUUUCUGGAAGAACACAGCUGUGCGGCAGCAGCAGCAGCGGCAGCAGCAGCAGGAGCAGGGAGCAGCCUUUCCAAGGUUUCUGUCAUCUGAAAAUGAGGGGCUGAUCUCAGAGUGUGAGAAGGGUGCUGGGAAAGCCCUUAUCCAGUCUUCUACUAUCAUGCCCCAAACCUCAGUCCCCAUGGAGGAUGCCUCAUCACGCCCUCAGUUCUGCAAGUGGCCAUGUGAGUGCCCCCCAACCCCACCCCGAUGCCCGCCUGGCAUCAGCCUGAUCACCGAUGGCUGCGAGUGUUGCAAGGUGUGCGCUCAGCAGCUGGGGGACAAUUGUACCGAGGCAGCCACUUGUGACCCUCACAGGGGCUUGUACUGCGACUACAGUGGGGAUCGCCCGAGGUACGCAAUAGGAGUGUGUGCACAAAUGGUUGGUGUAGGCUGUGUCCUAGAUGGGGUGAGGUACAGGAAUGGCCAAUCUUUCCAGCCCAACUGCAAGUUCAACUGUACUUGCAUCAAUGGGGCUGUGGGCUGCAUUCCACUCUGCACCAACUCUCGCCCACCACGUCUCUGGUGCCCUAACCCUAAGAGGAUCAAGAUGGCAGGCCGAUGCUGCGAGCAGUGGAUCUGUGAUGAUGCAAAGAAACCUCGGAAGACCUUGCCACGACAUAUCUCUCCCUCAGCUUCUGAAAGAGACAUUGAGUCAUGGCAGAAGAACUGUAUUGUCCACACAUCUUCCUGGAGUCCCUGUUCUAGAAGCUGUGGGAUGGGAAUUUCUAUCAGAAUCUCCAACAACAAUGAGAAAUGCCAGCUAUCAAAGGAGAGUCGCCUGUGUAACCUGAGACCCUGUGAGGUGAACAUCACCCAGCACAUCAGGCCAGGGAAGAAGUGCUUGGCUGUGUAUCAACCAGAGCUUCCAGUGAACUUAACCAUCUCUGGCUGUGUGAGCACCAACAGCUACAGGCCCAAGUACUGUGGAAGCUGCACAGAUAAUAGGUGCUGUACCCCCUACAAGUCCAAGACCAUUGUUGUGAAUUUCCAGUGUCCUGAUGGCCCAGGCUUCUCCUGGAAACUUAUGUGGAUCAAUGCUUGCUUUUGCAACCUGAGCUGUAGGAACCCCAAUGACAUCUUUGCAGACCUAGAACAAUACCAAGAUUAUGCAGAAAUAGCCAACUAG